GGCCUCUCCUGUAGAGCAGCGGUUGGUUAAAGUUGUCUGACAGCUACUACCUGAAUCCUCUGAUCAACAUGCCUGGGACUUGCACAUCCAUCAUCAACAUGCGCUACCAGGAUGGUAGCGAGGGGAGUGCCUCUAAUCCAGCCAAGUUCAACAACCAAGAUUAUGAGCAACUACGAGAUUACCAUGUCCGCAGACAAAAACUGUUUGUGGACAGCAGCUUCCCACCUGACAGCGUGUCUUUGGGACGCCUCGAAGCCCUGAGUGGUGGGAUGGACAGGCUUGUACAGUGGCGCAGACCAAAAGACAUCCUGAGAAACCAAGGCAAGAAUGCUGCACCUGUUUUCAGUUCUGCAGGAACCUCCAGGUUUGACUUUGGUCAAGGCAGUGUGGGUAACUGCUGGUUUUUGGCUGCCAUCUCCUCCCUGACGAUGCAUAAAAAGCUGAUGGGACAAGUUGUGCCAAUGAACCAGUCCUUCGACAACUACGCAGGAAUAUUUCACUUCAGGUUCUGGAGGUACGGCAAAUGGGUGGAUGUUGUCAUUGAUGAUUUCCUGCCAACCAUUGGAGACCAGUUCAUCUCUGUGCAUGCAAAAGGUGGAAAUGAGUUUUGGGUUCCUCUCCUGGAAAAAGCAUAUGCCAAAGUAUGUGGUUCAUAUGCUGACAUGAAUGCUGGCUUGACAACCGAGGCAUGCAAGGAUCUUAGUGGAGGUGUGCCCAUGUCUUACCAGCUCCACCAGGUCCACGAUGCAAACCAUGAUGAAGAGCUGUGGCGCUCCUUGAGCAAUGCCACCGGGUGCAACUCACUGAUUUGCUGUGGAACUGCAUCAAAAGAUGGGAGGAUAGUGAACAGCAUAGCACACACUGGGCUGGUGGAUGCACAUGCCUAUUCUGUUACAGGAGUAGCUGAGAUACCUCAUCGUGGCUCCAAAGUGAGGCUGGUGCGUGUCCUGAACCCUUGGGGCAAACAAGAGUGGAAUGGAAAGUGGAGUGACGGGUCAUCUUUGUGGAAUGAAGUAAGCAGAGAAGACAGGGACAAGUGUGUCAAGCGUAAUGAUGGAGAGUUCUGGAUUGAGCUUGAGGACUUCUGUCACUAUUUCAACAUGUUGUCCCUCUGCUGCGAAAACCCGAACUUUCUGGAUGGUGAUGUGACCUGCCAGUGGAAAUGCAUGAUUUAUGAUGGCAGCUGGGUAGCAGGAAGCACUUCAGGCGGCAACCUUUUUAGAAAUACCUUUUAUAAAAACCCCCAGUAUCGCAUCCAGGUGUCUAAUAUCAACAAAACAGAGGUGGAGGACAAGAACGUCUUGAUUUCUCUGAUGCAAAAAGGACAGCAUCAGAACCGCAAAAGUGCAAAAAACUACCCGAUUGGAAUGACUAUCUUUAAGGUGCCACCAGGGACCAAACAAGGACGUCUGCGUUCAUACUUCUUCAGGUCCAACAGACCCAUCAAGCAAGGCCAGCAGUACACAUAUGAGAGGGAACUGAUUGAACAGCACAGUCUGCAGCCUGGGGAAUAUGUGAUCAUCCCCUCUACCUCUGAGUCCCACAUGAGCACAGACUUCGUUCUCUCCGUCUACACCAAGGCUGAUGCAAAGAUCAUCCCACAUGAUGGACAUGAUGAUGACGACGAUGAUGAUGAUCAUGAUCAUGAUCAUGACAAUGGAGAGGAGAACUUAGUCCUUCCUGAGAUACCAACUGAUGGAAAACACAUAGAGGAAGACAAUCCCACACGUGCCCUGUUCAAUCGCUACGCUGACCAGAAUGGUGAGCUGAAUGGUCGACAGCUGCAGAAGCUUCUGAAUGACAACUUUCCUCAUGGGACUUGGGAAGGCUUUGGUUUGGAUACCUGCAUGAGCAUGAUUACUGCAAUGGAUAAUGACAAGAGAAUGCAGCUGAUGAGCUUCAGUGAGUUCACCGAUUUCUGGACUAAGAUCAACAAAUACAAGAAACUCUUCCGUGCCCACGAUGUGAAUGGAAAUGGAACCCUUUCUGACCAAGAGCUUGACAGUGCACUCCGGGCAGAAGGUAUUGACACAAACAACUCCUUGAUCAACAUGAUAGUGUUCAGGUUCGCCUUCUUCUCAUCCACUGACCUGCAGAGCUUCCUGACACUCAUGUUACGCAUGGAGAAAAUCACAGCGAUUUUCAAAAACAAGGCAUCAAAUGGAGUCAUCACUUUGACCCAGGAGGAGUGGACAGUGAUCUCCAUGUACCUGUAGACCAGAGCUAACAACAGAGGAGGCACCACAAAGUGAAUACAAUGAUUAAGUUGUAAAAGUGUGCCAUCAAACUGUCUACAUGGAAAACAUACUGGAUUAUGAAGUGGUAAAUCAACCCACUCCCAUGAUUCUUGUGUGCAUGUUUAAGAGUAAACCACAAAUAAAAACAAUACAAUGCAAAAUAUGGACCACAUGUUUUUAUUAACUCAACACUAACAAUGCCAAAAAUAAACAAAACUUCCACUGAAGAGGUUUAAUUGCAACAUUGUUGGCUCAGAUCAUUCCUUAACUCAUCUUCCAAAGUCAGCGGUUUGAUAAAAUUACUUAAUCACACGUACUCAUUUACAGCUCUGGAAAAACAGACCAAAAUAAAACUUCCACACCUGAGCCACAGAAAUGAGAUUAAGAGGAAGGUAGAUGAUCAACACCCAUGUUGAAACAUUCUUCAGGCCAUAUUUGGCAUCCAAAUAUAGACAGAUGAUUAAUGAUGUAAAUAAAAGGUUAGAAAGCACAACUGUUAACAUGUACUGCAUGUUAGCUCUGUGUAUGUGGUUACCUUGUCAAGUACUAGAAGAGGUUUGAAAUCCUAUUUAUAUUUAGUGCAAUACAAACAUGCACAAAAAAAGUUAACAACAAAGACUCCCUGAAACAGAAUGAAAGAGAAAUAA